CUACCCAAUCACGUGUUUUUAAUUGUAACUGCUGAAUAGAUGCUCUGCAAUUUUUUCGCAGCUUUAGACUGAUUUCCACCUGGCAUAAAUGUGAAAAUAUUUAUGUGAAAAGAGGAAAAGCAGAAGCGUUUUCCCCCAAAUUUUCUCUUCAUGAACCUUCAUUCCUUUCUGAAUUAUAAUUCUGCAGUUUCGGAGUUCUCGGAAUAAUUUUCUACGAAACACUGAUUAAAAUGGAAAGAUUAUAGAAAAAUCACUCUGAUUUUAUCAUCUGCAUAUAUAUACUUAUUCCUGCCUCAAUCACUAAUUCAAUGCUUAGGUGGGUGUGAUUUAUUGAAAGCCUCUAUCCACGUUCUGCGCAUAUUGUUGAAUCAGAUUGCAACAUGGGUUUCUUGAAUCUUUUUGCUGUUUCAUCAAUGCCUGUCCUCAAAGUGCUUUUGGUGACUGGACUGGGAUCAUAUCUUGCAUUAGAUCAUGUCAAUAUUUUGGGAGGGAAUGCAAGGAAGCAUUUGAAUAAUAUUGUGUUCUUUGUAUUCAAUCCGGCACUUAUCUCGAGCAAUUUAGCUAAAACAAUAACAUACGAAAGCAUGGUUCAGAUGUGGUUCAUGCCAUUUAAUAUCCUUAUAACAUUCAUCAUUGGUUCAGCUCUUGGGUGGGGGGUCAGUCAAAUUACAAGAGCUCCACCACAUCUCCACGGACUUGUUAUAGGUUGUUGUGCAGCAGGCAACUUGGGCAACAUGCUUCUCAUCAUAAUCCCAGCGGUCUGUAGAGAGAGAGGAAGUCCAUUUGGAGAUCCUGAUGUUUGUUCAGAAUAUGGAAUGGGUUAUGCUUCUCUGUCAAUGGCAAUAGGAGCAAUUUAUCUAUGGUCCUAUGUAUAUAAUAUUAUAAGGAUAUCUUCAAGUAGGAACUCGGAGGAAGUUGAAAUAAAUGACUUAUCAAUCACGAAGUCUUCAACAGAAAGUUCUAUGACUCCAUCUGGCAGCAGUUCCAAAGAAGUGACAGAACCAUUACUUUCUUCAAAUCAGUUGGCACUUCCACAAACUAGAUUUGAGGAGAAGCCUCAGGUGUCUUUCUUGGAUAAGAUAAAGCAAUAUUUUGAGAUGCUCUUACAAAAGAUGAACUUGAAGAGGUUAUUUGCACCAUCAACCAUUGGAGCGAUUGCUGGUUUUGUAGUUGGACUCUUACCUCAAAUUCGAAGGUUGUUGAUUGGUGACACAGCUCCUGUCCAUGUUAUCCAAGAUACGGCACUUCUUCUUGGGGAUGGAGCUAUUCCAGCUGUCACGCUGAUAUUGGGAGGAAACCUUUUAAGGGGCUUAAAGGGUUCUGGGAUUCAGAAGUCUGUUAUUCUAGGCAUAAUAAUUGUUCGAUACGUAGCCCUGCCUCUGCUAGGCAUCGUUGUUGUUAAAGGGGCAAUUCGCUUUGGUUUGGUGCAUCAGAAUCCAUUAUAUGAAUUUGUUCUUUUGCUUCAGUUCGCACUUCCACCAGCAAUGAACAUAGGUACUAUGUCUCAGUUAUUUGGUGCUGGAGAGAGUGAAUGCUCAGUUAUUAUGCUGUGGUGUUAUGUCUUGGCUUCGUUAACACUCACUCUGUGGUCAACGUUGUUCCUGUGGCUCGUAGCCUGAAUAGAAUAUACAUUUCAUUUCCCAUUAUACUUACAUUUACCGGUAUUAGACUCCACAGUUUUGUGAUAUUAGGCCAUCCAUUGGUUGAAGUUUCUGGUAAGGAUGAUGUAAAUGAACAAAUGGGAUUGGGAUCAAGAAAGAAGAAGGGUUACAGAACAUUCGAGGGAGGGGAAAAAUCUUCCAACCUUCGAAAAAUUCACGAGCACUUAAAUCCCUACAUUUUUCUCUAAAAGCUGUAUUUCCUUGUCAAUGUUAUUUGAUUUUUGAAACUCCAUGAAGUAGAAAAUACAAAUUGGAAGCUCCAAAGAUUGCCAAUGACUUUCUUUCAAAA